UGGGGCUUCCUGCGAAUCACCGGAGGAAAACAGUGGCUGUGCCGUGGGAAGAAUUCAGGUGAUCUUGCCUUCUCAGAUUCUCACUUACGUUCUGAGCUUCCUGCCUCUGUCUGAUCAGAAAGAGGCCUUGCUCGUGAGUCGGGCUUGGUACCGUGCAGCCCAGAAUGCCCUCCGGGAGACAAACGUGAGAUACAACAUCCCUGUGGCCUCAGCCUCCCUCCCGGCCAUCGAGAACCUGGGCGUCCAGGGCAUCUCCUGCAUCAGCCUGAGCAACCUGGAUGGCUCACCAGCUGCCCACCAGGUGCUGCAGGCUGUCGCCUACCACCUGGGCCCACACCUGCAGAGCUUGUGUCUGGGCGGGGGCAGCCCCACGGAGGCCUCCUUCAUGACCCUGAUCAUGGGCUGCCCGGCCCUGCGGACCCUCGACCUGAGCGGCUGCAACAGCCUUUUCACCUCGGGCAUGCUGCUGGCCCAGCAGGAAGUGGCGCAGCGUGCCCGGGAGGCGCUGGGUGGCCUCCGGGAGCUCAGCCUGGCCAGCCUGCGGGACCUGGCCGACCUCAGUUUCAACCGGCUCAGCAGCUGUGCCCCCAGCCUGGAGUGUCUCUCCUUGGCCUACUGCCACUUAACUUUCGAGAGGCGCCCAGUCCGAGUCUCCCCUGGCCCCCAGGACUCCAGCCCCUCCCUCCUGUCCUUCCGGAACCUUCUGCGGUUCGUGAAGGAGCGGGCGGGCCGGCUGCGUGCCCUGGACCUGAGUGGCACUGGCCUGCCCGCCGAGGCCUUGCAGGCCCUGGGUCAGGUGGCUGGCCUGCAGCUGCGGGAGCUGCUGCUCCGUGGCUGCCGGGACCUGUCUACAGAGGCCAUAGCCGUCCUGUGCCGCCAGCAGCCUGGCCUCACCUCCCUGGACCUCAGCGGCUGCUCGGAACUGGCUGAUGGGGCACUGCUGGCCGUCAGCCGGGGCCUGCGGCACCUGCAGCACCUGAGCCUGCGGAAACUGCAGCGCCUGACUGAUGCCAGCUGUGCCGCCCUGGGGAGCCUGCGGGAACUGCGGAACCUCGACCUGGCCGAGUGCUGCCUGCUGAGCGGGUGGGAGCUGGCCCAGGCCCUGGGCUCAGAGUGCAAAGCCCCGCCGCUGCCCCUGGCCUCCCUCAGCCUGGCCUACUGCUCUGCCCUCAAGGAUGCCACAGUGCUUUCCUUGGUGGCAGCGCUAGCUCCCAGCCUCAGGGUGCUGGACUUGUCUUCCUGCGUGGCCCUCACCAGCCGGAGCCUGCAGGCCAUCUGCACCAAGCUCCCCCACCUCUCCGUCCUACGCCUGGCGUGGUGCAGGGAGCUCCAGGACUGGGGGCUCCUGGGCCUAGGGCAGCCAAGCGAGGGACCUGCGCAGAUGUUGCAGCUGUACCCCGAGUUGGAGCAUCAGGCCACAGACCCCGAAGAGCGCCCUCCCAGCCCGCAGGGCCCCUCCCUGCUCCUUCUGCAGGCCCUGCAUGAGCUGGACCUCACAGCCUGCAGCCAGCUGACUGAUGCCAGCCUGACGAAGGUACUCCAGUUCCCCCAGCUGAGGAAAUUGUCGCUGAGCCUGCUGCCAGCGUUCUCAGACAGAGGUCUCAUGGCGGUAGCCAGGGGCUGCCCCAGCCUGGAACACUUGGCAGUGAGCCACUGCCACCUCCUCAGUGACCAGGGCUGGGCCCAGGCAGCCGGCUCCUGGCCAAGGCUGCAGGACCUCAACCUGUCCAGCUGCAGUCAGCUCACGGAGCAGACCCUGGACACCAUUGGGCAGGCAUGCAAGCGACUCCGGGUGCUGGAUGUGGCCAUGUGUCCUGGGAUCAGCAUGGCUGCCAUCAGGCGCCUCCAAGCCCAACUGCCCCAGGUGACCUGCAUCCAAUCCCGCUUCGUAGGAGGGGCUGACCUGUCCCUAACACUCUGAGGUCAGGCCACUGGCCCCUUAGCCCCGGCAUCCCCAGUCCUGACCUCUUGAUCUGGAGUCUGACUCUGUCCCCUGCCUCCUUUCUCUGCUACCCCCCAGAGUGCCUUUCCCAAGCUCCAAACCCCUUUCCUAGGGAGGGCUUGGGGUAGGGCCCAUCGAUGCAGGGCCCACAGCAUCUUCUCCAGCUCCAUGUGGCCGGAACGGCCCUGGGCCCAGCCCCAAGGUGGGCAGGACGUAGUGCUAGGAAGGGAGGGGCAGACCUGCACCUCUUGGCCCUGCCCCCUUCUCAGACCAGGAGGCCUGGCCUUAACCUUGUCCCCUGAAGGCACCCUUUCAGUGAUAAGUCAGUGUUUGCUGUGAACCCAAACAAGAUUAAAAACUCCCUAUCUCA